GUUUACCUGACCCUGUUCGCAAAUACGUGAACAAAACGUGUUUGCGUAUCUGGUGGCACCACCAUCGACAGACUAGGAAUAACCAGCGGACAUCAGAGUGAAAGGAGAACUUUAAAAUUUUAAAAUUUUCUAGUUGAUUUGUAGAUUUGUAUUGAGCUACUGGAUGAUUUAUUCAGACCAGCUGUAUGCGAGUAGUUCAGUUUGUUCGUAUUUGUGUGUCUUGUUGCGACUUGUUCAAGCAGCUCUAUAGUGUUCGAUUACUGGCCACAGAGCAUUAAGAACACGUAUCUACUGUUAUAGCGGUACGGUAUUGGAAAUAUGGAAGUACACUGGAUGCACAGUAUUCUUGUUUAACGAUGACUUUUUAUGUACGUUUUUUACAAGAGCAAAGAGGAGGUUAGCCUGAAACCGGUUGGUUGCAUAUAGAUGUCAAAGGAACUGUUUGUUAUUUCAUAUUCUGUUAUUAAAGCUGUAAGUAUUGUUAUUACCAAACGGUUAAUCGAAAAUCGUCGGAUGAAACAAAUCUGAAGCUGGGAUUCAUGUGUAAUGAUGACAUCACUUUAAUAGAGACCUGUGUGUAUUGAGUGUUGUGACUGUUCAAUAAUUAUUUAGCUGAAAAUUAAAUGGACUGACGGAUUAACUCAAUUAACAUUAUUCACGGAGACAAACAAGAUAAGAUAACAUAAAUUUUUAACAAAUUGGAGUAUGCGAGUAUGAAAAUAAUGUUUACCGUGAACCGGACACUUGCUGACUGAUAAUAUAUCUCUAAAGUUGGAAUAAUUGAUAAAACUUGUGUUAAGAGACUAAGCAAUUUUGCAAUCUUUAACAGUUUAGUCAGAUUCAGAGCACAACAAUGGCACUGGCGUCUGCUCGCGGCUUGAUGCAUUAUGAGGAUGAACUGAAACGGAGGCUAGAAAAGCUUUCUAGAAACUACGAUUUAGCCACUAUGAAGAUAUUCAUUGCUGUAGAAACACUAGGUGAAACUUUAGUUUACAGCACGUUUAACCCUGAGAGGAAGAACAAGUGGGAGUUCUUUCUGACCAGACGAGAAGCCUGUCGUCUGGACCUGAACAGACACGAGAAGACGCGGGAGAAGUACCAGCACUUCCUGUACAACACGCCGCGCGAGGAGCAGGGACGACAGUUCCACACCGCCGUCCUCAAGCUGAUGCGCAGGAAGGGAGCGGUGGACAUGUUCAGGACACUCAAGUCUCAGGACGAUUACGACAUCGACUCCACGUUCUGUGGACACUUGUGUAAACUCUUCGACAGGAAAAUAGAAACGUGGUUCGAGUCCUUUGAUGCUCUUGCAGUGAACCUCACGGCUCACGUGAAGGUUUCUCACUUCGUGCGUCUCCUCACGGGGCAGAUAGACGUACUGUGUCGCCGUGAUAGCCACAUGCACCUCCUCAACAUAAAAGUUACGGGGCAGGAGACGCCGAGACCACUGGACAUAGCCGAACUGUGCAUGGCGAAGAUAAUGGUCAUCCAGAACGGCUUGGCCGACCCCGACAAGGUGCGGAUGUCCCUGCUGGUCUGCCACCUGCACGAAGAGCGGCCGGUGCUUCGUCUGUGGGAGUACGACCCGUCCGACGAGAUGGAGGUCUCUAUCAGAGAGGCAGACAUCGACAAACUCAUAGACGCCGGCAAGCUUUCCCAAUAUCACGAGUUCUGGAAGGCGAAUGUCCAUCUCAUAGGCGAGAUCAAACCAGAGAAGAUGUACAACACGUACGGACAAGGUUUUAACCACGGAGAAGGAGUCUAGAGUGCAGGAUUAUAUUCACAUGAUAUUCUUGGUGAUCAUCGAUUGUUAAUAAGAACAAACAAAACGAAUAUAGCUUAGUAAUAUCACAGGAUAUAUAUUCAGUUCACCAGGGAGCACAAGAUAUCGUUCUGAUUGUCUACACAACAUUUUUAUGUAGUUUACAGGUGUCUGUGUUUACUGUUAUUUGCCGUAUGAUUCUAUCCAAGUCUGUGUGUUACUAACGUACAAGAAAUAUGCAUAAAAAAUAAGGAGUUUUAUAACAGGAAACAGCUAUAUCUAUUUUAUUACAGUAUCAGUAUUCUUUCAACAGUUAGUAGUAUAGUUUAGAAUAUUAUACUGGGCAAACGUACUUUAUAUAACAAUAACGUUUUGAGGUUGGACUAUACCGCAGACGACAAUGUUAACGUAUCUAAAUGUACUAUACGCAAUAUAUCGACCAAACUAUGAUCUAUAAAUGUGAAAGUAAAGUCUGUUUUGUUUUAACGAUACCACCAGAGGAAUUGAUGUCAAACACUUGGUAAUUCUGAUAUGUAGUCUUUGGGGGGGGGGGGGGGGGGGGGGAGGAGAAGAGAAGAGACGCUACAUUUUUCCAAUAGCAGCAAUAGAUCUUUUAUGUGAACCAUCUUAAAAAACCCAGAAUACAACAGCCUUUAAUAUACCUGUCUUGGUGAACUGACUGGAACAGAUAUAAAUAUGAAUACUACAACACUUGCUCCAAAGUAUUAAUGGAAGAAAAUGGAACCUUUCAUAGCUCAUUUUGAAAAUAAUGGGGGGUUUUUUACAACAAAAUUGUAGUACUUAGUUUCACAGGUAGCAAAUCCAUGUUUCAAGCACAAGGAUACUUGACACAGUGCUACUGGAUGAAAUAGCAUUGCAUAUAUUUAUUGCUCAGAUAAACACAUUUUGAUUACAUUUAACACCAAUGGCAGCACCGAUAGUAUUAAUUGUGCUACUAAAAGUUAGGUGCACUUUGACCCUUUACCUGGCUAGAUGUUAUUGGUAUAGUGCUACCUUGAGGUGUAUUCAGAUGGACACAUUAACAUUAUAGUAUCUUUGCAUAGGAUACUUUUUCCAAUAUUCUGGCGUAAACUGGUACUCAUGAAUUACCAACAUGAAUUAAGUUUUAGUUUUGGAGUCCAUAUCACCUCACAAGAGAGAAUGGGUGGCAAGUUAUUUACAAAAUGCCGUUCAAGACGGUGAAAAGAUAAAUGAAUCAACAUAAAAUAAUGAGGGUCUGUUUUUAAUGAACUUAGGUGGUCAGAUUAUCUCAAAUAACAUGAAUAUAAUUUUGUAUUACAUUCCACAACCGGACUCUCUGCAGAGCAUUGUUACAUACUUACAUACAAUGUAACAAAGUUUUCCAUAAUAGUUUAAGAGUGUGGAAACAAUAAAGUUCCAUUUCAUUUCCUGUGAGAGUAUUAUCUUGUCUUAGGGUUACAUUUACUUCUAGUAAAGGGAUGUGCACUUUAAAUACUUGCUGAAAAUUAAUACCAAAAUUGAAAUAUUAAAGCUAUCCAUUACAAGUAUUCAAUAGUUAUAAACAAUAAAAAAAAACACACAAAAAACCCAUCCUUCAACAAAGUUUAGAAUAAGUAGUCAGGUGGAUAAGAACGAAGAUUGUGCACUUUGUGAUAGAACUGUACCAUUUUGCAUGCAUAUAGUACUUGAGUUCCUGAAUAUUUUCAGAUAUAGUGCAGAUUGAACAGCACCUCCUGAGUGUCUGCAGUGCCACCUUGUGAUAAACCGUAUUUUGCAUAAUGCCAAUAUUAAAGGUUUUAACAUGUUGUCUCUACCCUUUGCCCCUAAAAUUGUCUAAAUUGAUCCAUGAUUAUACUUAAUUACGCUGAUAAAUUUAAGAAAUAUUAAAUAAUAAAACAAAUUUUAAAUGUAGCACAAAAUGGACAAAAAAGUUUACAAUUUGACUUUGCAGUUUUAUCUAAAUGGUCUUUCUAGAAUUUAAGACGACCAAAAAACUGCACACUCAGUGUUACAUAUUUACUUUACUUUUUGUUUUCAUGUGUACAACAAUAAAUUAAUACAGAAUUCAACAAGGUGCAAACUGUGGUCUGUGCAGGAAAUUGUGCAGGUAGUCUGCAAAGUUUUUAGUGGGGGAGGGGGGGUAGAGGUCAGAUUAUGCUACCCUAGAAACUAUAUUGAAAGAUAAUUUGUUUGAAGCAGGAAGGGGUUUCGACCCCUGAUACCCUCUUCCCCCUUCACACACACCUGAGCAUGUGUAGUGGCACAGGCAAAACAGAAACGUCUUACUACAGCCAGCUCCAGGCUGUGAACCUAAUUCAGGACAAAUACUGUUGAAUAUAUGGUCAAAACCUCUUAAAUAUGUGUGGUAAUAUAUCUAGUCAACCGUGGGAGGGAAAGGGGCACUGUAGGCCACUAAGGGGCACUGUUCAAUUGGCACUAUGUAAGAAAAUCUUCAGUUACCUAAGUAGUAUGUGCAUGCAAAAUGGCACAAUUCUGUCUUUUUGUGUCGUUAUCUGCCUGACUAGAGGAUCAGAUUUGUAGGAAUACUUCUAAAGUGAAAUACUAACCAAAGUUCCAAAUGACAGCAACUUUGCUUGGGAUUCAUAAAGGAGUUGAAAGAUCAUUACUGGCUGAGCACUCAUACCAGAUUUGAAAUCCAUCCUUGAAAAUAUUAUAAAUAAAAAGUUUUAAUAAAGUUUUUAACGACUUUGACCAUGUCAUGUAGUUACAUUCAUUGGGCUGUGUGUGCGUGCGUGCGUGCACGCCAAAUCAGCAAAAUUAAUAGUUUAAACCAUCCAUUAAAUUAUUCAAAAGUUAACGGCAACUAGAAAAAUGUUACCUGGUAAUUCAACUGUAACUGACCUUGACCUUGCUUUGGGGUCACAUUCAUAGGGCUGGGGUUCUGUACUAUCACUUGAGUGAACACUGUACCAAAUGUGAAAGCUAUUCAUCAAAUGAUUCAAGUAUUAAGACAAUUAGAAAAACCUUUGUCAACCCAAAAUGUCAGAAUUAACAAAGUUAAUGUUAUAAGGGCUGGGGUUGUGCACAAUCACUUGGUAACAGAUUUGUUUUAGGCCUCAAUGCAUUUUACAGUUAAGUCGGAGAUAGGCAUACAUUUUCAGAGAUAUGACUUAUGAUAAGCUGAUGCUUUUGCACAUCCCUAUGGAGAUGUUUAUUUUAAUAGGACCGAAAUUCUUGUACCAUACAUUACUAUUCAAGGAUACUGGAAUUGGAACUAUUUAAUGUGAAAUUGUUUAUAAAUAAAAUGAAGAGGUGAGAAACGUUUGCAAAACCAUAAAUAAUAAGUGCAAUAUCUUUAUUUUUCCAAGUUAUAUUGCAUUAUAUAACAAAGACAGAAAAAUAGAAUAAACCAAAUAAAUAAACUCGUUAACAGGAACAACAUUUAUGAUAAAACAAAUAGUGUUCCCUCAGUUGCUAAAUAAAGAAAAAGGAAAAAAUUA